AUUUGUCUUGAAAAUCAUUGUUUCGUUAGGAUUCAAAGCAAUUUAAAAUGGCAUUUACGUUCGUUGUUUUGCUCGCUAUGGUUGCCACCGCUAGCGCUGCUCUGCUUCCGGUUGCCGUUAAGCAUGUCGAAUACCACGAUGCUCCAGCCGAAUACCAAUUCUCGUACUCUGUCCACGAUGACCACACCGGAGAUAUCAAGAGCCAAACCGAGGAACGUCAUGGAGAUGUCGUGAAGGGACAGUACUCUCUGAUCGAUGCCGAUGGACACAAACGCAUCGUUGAUUACAGCGCCGAUGAUCACAGUGGAUUCAACGCUAUCGUACACCGUGAACCUCUGGGUCACAAAGUAGUGAAGACUAUUGUGCCAGUAGCCAAGGCAAUCGUCGCUCCAGUUGCCCAUCAUUAUGUUGCCCCAAUCACCCAUCACUACGCUCCAGUGGCUAAAAUCGCUGCCCCGAUUGCGCAUUUAUCUACCGUCAGCUUCUCGGCUCCAAGUCUGAGCUAUCACUACUAAACACCA